AUGCUUCGUGAUGGACUGCUAUUCUUAGGGAUUGAUGAAAUUACUGCUGAUGGAAUUCUGGAAAUAUUAGGUGAAUCUACGACAAAGUUUGUUAUACCUAAUGGUAAAUCUGAAUGUUUCAAUGUGAAAGAUGGAUUGAAACAAGGCGACACCUUCUCUCCCCUUGCAUUCAAAAUUGCGCUUGAGCCUCUCUUACAAUUUUUAGAAAUAACAUAUAAUGGUGCUAGUGUUGCAAAUUAUUGGAACAUUAGUACAGGCGCAUGGAUUGAUGAUUUGAACUCAUUUUCCAACGAACUACCUGAAAUUGAAAAUUCUUUGCAUGACAUUGAAACCUAUCUUCAUGGCUAUCACAUGGAAUUAGAUCAUUCCAAAACUAACCUCUUCUCUGAUAAGGAAUGUAGUAUCAAGACAUUAUCUGGAAGUACGAUCAAAAGUAAUGAUUCUAUUAUUAUACUUGGUAAUAAUAUUACCAAUAAUACUGAGGAACAAUACACUACUUCAAUU